AAAGAACGAGAUUUAGAACGUGAACGAAUUACGAAAGCCGCAAAUCAAGCAGAUCAGGCAGAACAGUCGCUUAUUUCAGUAGUAAAAGAAUAUGAGCAGUAUCGCGAGAAAAUGCAAAAAACCGUUACUGACGCGGAGGUUGCGUUUUCAAAAUUACUCGAAGAGAAAAAUGCACUUGCUUUACAAUUGGAGGAAGAGAAGAGGAAGUGUGAAGAUCUCCAGUUUCGUUUCGAGGAAGAAUCUGUUAACAAGGAUGAUAUUCAGAAAGAAAGAAGUGAGCAAUUUGUGAUAAAUACUGUAAAUGAAAAUAAGAUCAAAGAUAUCGAAAAGCUGUUGCUGGAAGAAAGAGAACGUGUCGGUCAACUAGAACGUGAUAGCAUAAAAUUAUUCGAAACAGAAGAAGAAAUGACACGUCUUCGCAAUGAAGUCUCAAAUGCUACUACUCAAGAAACGCAGCAAAUCGAAGACUUACAGAGUCGCAAUAAAAAUUGGGAAGAAAGUAGAAAUAAUCUUGAGAAUGAGGUGCAAGAGAAAAGAAUAAUUAUGGAGCAAUGUAUAAAUCAAAAAACUGAAUUGCAAUCAAAAUUGAAAGAAAAUCAACAAGAAAGCGCGAUUCAUAAAGAAUCAGAGAAAAGUUGGCGGACAGAAAUAGAACGUGCGACGAAAGAUUUGGAGAAAAGAAUACGUUGAUAGAAGAUAUGAAAA